UGGGGUGUUCUCAUAGAACCCCACAUAUUUAAAAUCAAGUGUUAACCCAAAGCAAAGAAACUAGAAGAUAAGCUACUGUAUAACGUUAAUAAUACCUGCACUAGAACCCAAAAAACCAAACCCACCCAACACAACGAGCUCUUUCUUGCCAGUAGAUUAAUAAGAUCUAGUUAGCUGUACGGAUCUCUACCACUCCACGAAAUCCCUUUUUUCAGUAACUUGCUUUUUGUGUCCCUAGUUACCCACAACAAAUACCAAUCCCUCAACAAAUGUCUGAACGAGAAGACACUGUCCACUCUCCUUCUGAACGUAAAAGGUCACUUCCGUCUGACGACGAAGAAGACGACCUUAGUUCUGACGAAAGAGGAGGACGUUUCAAGCGUCCUGCUUUAAAUACUUCUGGUGGAGAGGACGAUAACUCUUCAGAAUUAGACUAUACCGAUGAACCACCCGCUGAAGAACGACCGGUAACUCCGUCAGAGACUGGUGAUGUUAUGGAGGUAAACGUUCGCUCUCCUGCAGCAGCUGAAAAAGAAAAGGUUGAAACAGAAUCUACACUUGCUACUAUUUCGCUUCGCGCUCUUGUAACAACUAAAGAAGCUGGGGUAAUCAUUGGGAAAGGUGGAAAGAAUGUUAGUGAAAUCCGUGAUAGAUCUGGUGCUAAAGUGACCAUAUCUGAAAUGGUACAAGGAGCUUAUGAAAGAAUUUUAACUGUUACUGGUCCUUUGGACACUGUUGCAAAGGCCUUUGCUCUUGUCGCACGUAAAAUCUUGGAUGAGAAUUUGGAUACACCAUCUACGCCAAAUUCUAAAUCCACUACAAUCCGACUCCUCGUACCUCAUUCUCGGAUGGGGCCCGUAAUAGGUAAAGGUGGAUGCAAAAUUAAAGAAAUUCAAGAAAAGUCCGGAGCAAGAUGUCUCGCUUCCGAAGAAAUGCUUCCUCAGUCAACAGAACGUACUAUCUCUAUCAGCGGGGUUCCUGAUUCUAUUCAUAUUGCCGUUUUCCAUGUCGGAGAGGAACUGGCUAAACAUCAAAAUGAUAGACCUACAGGAAUUACCCCCUAUAGACCUCAGCCACGACUUCUCUAUCAUCAAGCGGCUCCUGUUGCUGGUAGUCCAUUCUAUGUCGGACUUCCACCGGGUCCUCCACAUUACGGACGUGAUUUUAUGCCCGGACCUCCACCAAUUAAUCAUCAACCUCCACCAGGAUCUCAAGCUCAACAGAUUUUUAUCCCUAAUGAUAUGGUAGGGUGUAUUAUUGGUAAAGGUGGAAGUAAAAUUAAUGAAAUUAGGCAUCUAUCUGGUUCGCACAUCAAAAUAGCCGAACCUCACGGUAAUACCAAUGAAAGAUUAGUUACCAUCACGGGAACACCUGAAUCGAAUCAAAUGGCUCUUUAUCUGCUGUAUAGUAGACUCGAAUCUGAAAGAAGGAAACCAAGCGUGUAAGCUUAUAUAGCAUUUAUUUUCUUUUUUUUGUUUUUAGAAAGGGCCUACGGGUCAAACAUUGUGAUCAAUUCCUUUCUAACAUAUUGUGACUUUUUAAGUCCAUUGAAGGGAAAAACUAGUUGAAAAUAUUUGCUUCUAAAUUUCUUUUUUCUUAUUCCUCGCAUUGAAUAAGGAAACAAAAAAAAUACAAAUGAACAUUUUUUUCGUAUAUGAUAUCAAAAAAGAAAGAACGUUUGUUUGACAGGAUUUUUUUCAUAGUAUUAUUUUUAUAUUCAAUAUUUUAUCAAAUCAAGGUUUUUUUUUUCUU